GGUCUCUCUGCAGACUAGCCUUGGUUCAAACCAGAGAAGUCCCACUCUUCAGGUCCUGAAGGAUGCGAAUCACUUCGUGCUCCGUGUUGCGGUACCCACCUGGGCACGGCUAUCUCCCGGAGAAACAGCCUGAGGAACCGACCUGUCGGUAGAGUGAGCCCUGCGGAGACGUGCUAGAGGGACCACCCCCCAUUUUGCGUCUCGCUGAGUGGACUAUGGUGGCAGGAAGAUGUUGGCUCGGAAGAGUAUCAUCCCUGAAGAGUAUGUAUUGGCACGGAUCGCUGCCGAGAACCUGCGCAAGCCGCGCAUCCGAGACCGGCCACGCAAAGCCCGCUUCAUCGCCAAGAACGGGGCAUGCAACCUGGCACACAAGAACAUCCGUGAGCAGGGGCGAUUCCUGCAAGACAUUUUCACCACCUUGGUGGACCUGAAGUGGCGUCACACGCUGGUCAUCUUUACUAUGUCCUUCCUGUGCAGCUGGCUGCUCUUCGCCAUGAUGUGGUGGCUGGUGGCUUUUGCCCACGGUGACAUGGACCCAAGCACAGAAAGCACUACGAACAGCACGAAGUGGACACCGUGCGUGACGUGUGUCAGGUCUUUCACUUCCGCUUUCCUCUUCUCCAUUGAAGUUCAGGUGACCAUUGGUUUUGGGGGCAGGAUGAUGACAGAGGAAUGUCCCUUGGCCAUCACGGUCUUGAUCCUGCAGAACAUUGUGGGUCUGAUCAUCAAUGCUGUCAUGCUGGGCUGCAUAUUCAUGAAAACCGCACAAGCUCACAGGCGGGCUGAGACCUUGAUUUUCAGCCGGCAGGCGGUAAUUGCAGUUCGAAAUGGCAAACUUUGCUUCAUGUUUCGAGUGGGAGACCUGAGGAAGAGCAUGAUCAUUAGCGCCUCAGUGAGAAUCCAGGUUGUGAGGAAGACUACGACCCCUGAAGGAGAAGUCAUACCCAUUCACCAAGUAGAUAUCCCUGUGGAUAACCCCAUUGAAAGCAACAAUAUCUUCCUCGUGGCUCCCUUAAUCAUUUGUCAUGUCAUAGACAAGCGGAGUCCUCUUUAUGAUAUCUCCGCUGCUGACCUGGCGCUCCAGGACCUGGAGCUCAUCGUGAUACUUGAAGGAGUCGUAGAAACGACUGGCAUCACGACGCAGGCGAGAACCUCCUACAUAGCAGAGGAGAUCCUGUGGGGUCAUCGUUUUGUGCCCAUCGUCACCGAAGAGGAAGGCGUGUACGCAGUCGACUACUCCAAGUUUGGCAACACCAUCAAAGUGGCAGCACCACGCUGCAGCGCUCGAGAGCUCGACGAGAAGCCGUCCAUUCUCAUCCAGACCUUGCAGAAGAGUGAGCUGUCCCACCAAAACUCUCUGCGGAAACGCAACUCCAUGAGGAGAAACAACUCCAUUCGGAGGAGCAACUCCAUGCGGAGAACGAACCCCUCCCUCAUCGUGCCCAAAGUGCAGUUUAUCACGCCUGAGGGGAACCAGAGUGCUUCAGAAACGUGAUACACAGCUCUGUGCGAGGUCAGUGGGCUUCAGAAGGAGAAGGCACCCAUGGUGUUUUGUUUAAAUUUUCUCUUACUUAAGAAAAUGAGAACAUGAUGCAGAAAAGAACCGUGCAAGAACUAUUUAUUCUAUUACUUACUGAAAGCACCACCUAAUGGCAUUAGGAAACACUUUAGCACUUAGUGUAUGAAUUAAUUAAAAAUGGCACGUACACUAAAGAAAACACAGUUCACUCAUGUAAUAUAAUGUGUAUUUAUACUUGGUUUAAUGGCAUGCUAAUUUUUUUAAUCUUAUUUUUCCUAUCCAGGGUCUCUUUCUUAUCUUUUUCUGCUGGCUGUCACAAAAUGUGGGUUUUUUUCUAUGUAAGUGGGUUACCCCCCUGCAGGCAGAAGUGAGUGCUUUUUCAAAGCUGCUGCAUACAACAGCUCCCACAGAUUUUGUGCAGGAUAUUUGGAUAUCGAUCUUUUUGGGGUGAAUUCCUUGUUCUGUUGAAAGGAGUAGAUAAAUUCCUCAAUGAUUUCACUGGAGAAGAGCCAGGAUUUUACCUUCAGUUUUUCAGAUCUUCUCUCCGUUGGCUUAUGGCAAAGGCAUUUUGAGAGCAAGUUCAGGUCAGCUGAAGUGACCUGACCACCCCAGAGGAAAACUGGUGGCGUUCAGCGCAGCACCGGCAGAAGAACCAGUGAAACGGCACGGCCUCUUGCAGAGCACUGCUCUUCUUCUCAGGGUGAGAUACUCCACUGCGGGACAGCGUACAUCUGUAACGUAGCUGUAGCCCAAGCUGAGAAACUCAAGUCCUCUCAGCUGUCACCUGAGCAUCCAUUUCACUGAAAUUAUUCAAGUUGAAAAAAGCACAUGCCUCUUUAACAUCCUCUUCAUGUCAGUGGAGGACCAAAUCCUGGUGUUUUUUUCUCUUAUAGAUUCAUACACUGAAGGCAACAAGUGUACUUCCUUCACUUACAGUAUUUUUUGUAGGAUUAAGUCUGUUUGCUUCAGCAGAAGGUUACUUUUUGCUGGUGGGAAUUCACGAAUGGGAAUGAGAGGGAACCAUACCAAUAAUAUUAAAGAUAGUAUUUUCAAAACUGUCCGAAUAAUUUUCAGGGGGACUUGGGUGCUGCUGCUGAAUUACCAUCAGUGCUUCACCUAUGUUUUUAAAUGACAAUGGCAUUGAGAAUUGGUGGUAAGCAGCUCUUCUCUUAAAAUUCAAAUGGGCAUUUGUUAUCUAGAGCCUUCCCAAAAAUGUCAUCACAAUUUUUUCUACAAGAAUAAAUAAAUGUUUGACAACUAAUUAUAGCACAUUUGAUAAUGCUAAAUUGAUGCAUGCUUUUUUCCUCUGUGAAUAAGAAGUAUAAUUAUGGACAAAUUCCAGUUCAAAUUUCUUAUAGGAGUUGCCUUAUUAUGUCUGUGGCUCAAGAGAAGUACUAUCACUGUGCUGAUUCUCCGAGCCACUCAACCACGUAAAUACUUUUAUAAUUUUAAAUAUUUGCUUAUUCCUAUCAGGUAAAAUAGUCAAAAGCAAUGGUGGAUUCUCAUUCUCUUUGGAAUCAGUUCAUCAGCACUUGUAUGGACGGUUUGCACGCUUUGUGUGGUGUUGGGGGGUGGCAUGGAGGGGCAUUGCUCUGUAGCGUAGGCUCCCUACAUUUGGAGCAGGUGCUCUUCAGAAAAUAAACACUCGCAAAAUACUUUGUCUGAAGCAGUAGCGGAAACCGAAGUUUCUGCUAAAAGCAUUCAUUCCCUGGCCUGCCCCUUAAUGUUCUGGGAGGAUGGAUGGUGAACAUCUGGAGACAUUAAUCUGUCCAUUGUGUGUCCAAACAACGAACAUCUGUAGCUUCCAAGAAGAGUCAUAGCGAAGUAUAUACAAUUUGUCUCUGGCACCCAUUUCCAGGGCUGUGAAUUUCUUUGAGGCUGUCUGUUUGAUAAAUGGUUAAGUCAGAUGCUGUACAAAACCAAAUUUUCUACAAAAUA